GCACUGGGGCUGGAGAGCUGCCACUGCUGAGCAUUGACAAGCCCCUGCCACCUUGAGGAGUCUCCAAGAAUCACAUGGGGACUCCAAGCUGUUAUUCUCCCACCAGCCACUCUGUGGCUUGGCCAGGGUGGGUGGGAAACUGGGUCCCUGGUACCUGGGGAGGUCCCCUGGCAACCCAUGGUACCCCAAACCUGGGACCCGUGUCCCUGCUGGACCCUAGGUGGUUGCUGCUUGUUCCCUGGGCAUCAGCCACCUGUUUUCUACCCUGCCCCCAUCCGGCACCUGCUAAUCCUUUGCACACGGCCCAGCUACUGCCAAUUAAUCCCUCUUGGGUCUGAGAGGCGAGCUCUGAGUAGCAGCGAGAAGGCAAUUGCUGGCUGGCGGUUGGCAUCUGAGCAGGCAUCAGGAUGCUGGGCUGGGUCCAGAGGGUGCUGCCCCAGCCCCCAGGGCCCCCUCAGAAGACCAAGAUGGAGGAAGAGGAGGAGGCGGAACCAGAGCCGGAGCCAGAGCCAGAGAUAGAACCAGAGCCGGAGCCUGAAACAGCCCUUGAGGAGGCCGAGCCAGAGGCUGAGUCCACGCCCCUAGAAGAGCCACCCAAAGAGGAGGAGGAAGUGGCUGAGGCCGACCCAAGCCCUCAGGAGACCCAGGAGGCUGUCCCUACUCCGCCCACGUCCCUGCAGGCCCAGGUCACUGUGGUUCCAGAAGUGAACAGUCCCGGCGGCCGGGUGCUGACCUGGCUCUGGAAGGGUGUGGAGAAGGUCGUCCCGCAGCCCGUCUACAGCAGGGAGGACCCGGCUCAGGUCCUUGGGCAGUGCGGCACUGGGGACGCAGCGUGCACAGAGGGACCCAAUGAGGCCUCUACAGCUGAGGACACUGGGACUGGGCCAUGGCUGCUCCGGUGGCUGGAACAGAACCUGGAGAAAGUGUUGCCGCAGCCCCCGAAAACCGCCGAGGACUGGAGAGAUGAGCCCAUAGAGCCUGCCUUGGACUCAGCGCCUCUGGGACCGGCCCAGGAAACAGAGCCCCCACCGCCGCAGGCCCCGGAGAGCCCCUCUCUGCCCACGCCCGGCCCCCCGGAGCCCCAGGCGGAGCCGGCUCCAGAGCCCCAGCCUGGGUCCUCCCUGCCACCCUCGGACCCUGCCAGGUUGGUGGCGUGGGUCCUGCACAGGCUGGAGAAGGCCCUGCCGCAGCCAGUGCUCCACGGGAAAGCGGGGGAGCAGGAGCCCGACGGCCCUGGGACGUGUGACGUGCAGACUAUCAGCAUCCUCCCUGGAGGGCAAGUGGAGCCCGACCUCGUCCUAGAGGAGGUUGACCCUUGCUGGGAGGACGCCCACGAGAGUGACAGCGGCUGCCCGGUGGGGACAGAGGUGGUUCCGGCUUAUGAAGAAGAGAACAAAGCCGUGGAGAUGCCCAGGGAGCUGCCCCGGAUUGAAGAGGAGAAAGAAGAAGAGGAAGAGGAGGAAGAAGAGCAGAAAGAGGAGGAGAAAGAGGAGGAAGAAGAGGAGAAAGAGGAAGAGAAAGAGGACAAAGAGGAGGAGGAAGAGGAGAAAGAGGAAGAGAAAGAGGACAAAGAGGAGGAGGAAGAGGAGAAAGAGGAGGAGGAAGAGAAUGGAGAGGAAGAGGAAGAGGAGGAGGAGGAGAAGGAGCCUCGGCCGUGGGCGGAGAGUCGGGCUGAGGUUGAGUCUGAGUCGGAGGCCGCCAGCUUAGGAGUGGCUGCCACAGAAGAGCACCCAGAAGUGCAGGUGGAAGAUACCGAUGCUGACAGCCGCCCCCUCAUCGUGGAGGAGAAUCCACCCUCGCCCCCGCUGCGGCCACCAUCUCCUGUCAAAUCUGACACCCUUGCGGUCCCGGGCUCAGCCUCGGGGACACACAGGAGCAGGCUGCCCUCUCAGGAUGAUGAGGCUGAAGAGCUCAAGGUGCUGUCACCAGCCGAGUCCCCCAUGGUCGCCUUGUCGGACCCCACCACCCCGCAGGACACUGAUGGCCAGGACCGUGCCGUCUCCACGGCCAGCCAGAAUAGCGCCAUUAUCAACGACCGGCUGCAGGAGUUGGUGAAGCUCUUCAAGGAGCGGACAGAGAAGGUGAAGGAGAAACUCAUAGACCCUGAUGUCACCUCGGAUGAGGAAAGCCCCAAGCCCUCCCCAGCCAAGAAGGCCCCAGAGUCGCCUGCAGACGCGAAGCCGGCUGGAGCACAGCAGGCUGAGGAGGAGCACUACUGCGACAUGCUCUGCUGCAAGUUCAAACGCCGCCCCUGGAAGGAGUACCGGUUUCCACAGAGCAUCGAUCCACUGACCAACCUGAUGUACAUCCUGUGGCUGUUCUUCGUGGUGCUGGCCUGGAACUGGAACUGCUGGCUGAUCCCCGUGCGCUGGGCCUUCCCCUACCAGACGCCGGCCAACAUCCACCUCUGGCUGCUGAUGGAUUACCUGUGCGACCUCAUCUACUUCCUGGACAUGACCCUGUUCCAGAUGCGCCUGCAGUUUGUCAGAGGCGGGGACAUCAUUACCGACAAAAAGGACAUGCGAAAUAACUACCUGAAGUCUCAGCGCUUUAAGAUGGACAUGCUCUGCCUCCUGCCCUUGGAUCUUCUGUACUUGAAAUUCGGUGUGAAACCCCUCUUCCGCUUGCCGCGCUGUUUAAAGUACAUGGCCUUCUUCGAGUUCAACAACCGCCUGGAAUCCGUGCUCAGCAAAGCCUACGUUUACAGGGUCAUCAGGACCACCGCCUACCUCCUCUACAGCCUGCACCUGAAUUCCUGCCUCUACUACUGGGCGUCCGACUACGAGGGCAUCGGCUCCACGCACUGGGUUUACGACGGCGUGGGAAACAGUUACGUUCGCUGUUACUACUGGGCCGUGAAGACCCUCAUCACCAUUGGCGGGCUGCCUGACCCCAGGACGCUCUUUGAAAUUGUCUUCCAGGGGCUGAACUAUUUCACGGGCGUCUUCGCUUUCUCUGUGAUGAUUGGACAGAUGAGAGACGUGGUGGGGGCCGCCACGGCAGGGCAGACCUACUACCGCAGCUGCAUGGACAGCACGGUGAAGUACAUGAACUUCUACAAGAUCCCCAAGUCCGUGCAGAACCGCGUCAAGACCUGGUACGAGUACACUUGGCAGUCGCAAGGCAUGCUGGAUGAGUCAGAGCUGAUGGUGCAGCUUCCGGACAAGAUGCGGCUGGACCUGGCCAUCGACGUGAACUACAGCAUCGUCAGCAAAGUGGCGCUCUUUCAGGGCUGCGACCGGCAGAUGAUCUUUGACAUGCUGAAGAGGCUUCGCUCUGUCGUCUACCUGCCCAACGACUACGUGUGCAAGAAGGGCGAGAUUGGCCGCGAGAUGUACAUCAUCCAGGCAGGGCAGGUGCAGGUUUUGGGCGGCCCUGAUGGGAAAUCCGUGCUGGUGACACUAAAAGCUGGAUCUGUGUUUGGAGAGAUAAGCUUGCUGGCUGUUGGGGGCGGGAACCGGCGCACAGCUAACGUGGUGGCCCACGGCUUUGCCAACCUCUUCAUUCUGGAUAAAAAGGACUUGAACGAAAUUUUGGUGCAUUAUCCUGAGUCUCAGAAGUUGCUCCGGAAGAAGGCCAGGCGCAUGCUGAAGAAUAACAACAAGCCCAAGGAGGAGAAGAGCGUGCUCAUCCUGCCCCCCCGGGCGGGCACCCCGAAGCUCUUCAGCGCUGCCCUCGCUGCGACCGGAAAGAUGGGCGGCAAGGGGGGGAAAGGAGGCAAGCUGGCCCACCUCAGGGCGCGACUCAAGGAGCUGGCCGCGCUGGAGGCGGCCGCCAAACAGCAAGAGUUGCUGGAACAGGCCAAGAGAUCUCAGGAGGCCGCUGGAGAGGCAGGCUCGGCCGUCCCGGACCAGCCUGCACCCCCGGGGCAGCCCGCACCCCUGGACCAGCCCGCACCCCCGGAGCCCCCGGAGCCCCUGGAUCCCCCGGCCCAGCGCUCUCCGCCGCCUGUGACCCCCGGGAGUCCCCAGGGAGGUGAGGAGGGGGCGGCCAGGCCAGCGGAGCACUCGGUGCGGAUCCGCAUGAGCCCGGGCCCGGAGCCCGGCGAGCAGGUCCUGUCGGUGGAGACGUCCGAGGACAAGAAGGAGGCGGCGGAGUGAGGCGGCCACAGCGCCGCCCGGCAGGUGCGCCCCGGCCCCGGCACCCACCGCCGCGGUGGCCCCAGCGACUCGCAGUCGACCGCCCGCGACACGCCUGCCGCGACCUCGGCCCCUGCGAGGCUCUCGUGUAACCAACACCCUCCGUCAGGUGUCGCGUCCCUGAGCUCCCAGCAUCACUUGGGAUCCCCGCCUUCCCCUGACUGUCCCUAUUUUCCUGACUGUCCCUAUUUUCCUGACUGUCACUAUUUUUAGGAACAAAAUUAUUUCCCACUUUUUUUUCAUAGGCAGCGUGGAGCGGGGCCCCAGCACGGUGGGAAGCUCGGUGGAGGCGGGGAGCAACGGGUGAAGUCCAGAGUUACGGAAAGCAGGGGGUGCGGGGGGUCCCCUAGGGAAUUUUCUCCCACAUUUCAAGGAUAGAAAACACUUGGCAAAAACGAGGCAGCCGUGCUGUCGGGCUCGGUGGGAACUGUGGCAGUUGCCACCUGGGUAUGGGACGCUAUGUCCCUUUGCUGGGCGGUGACAGUCACGCUGCUCAUUAGGUGGCUAGCGCUCAUCUUCCGCAGACUCCGUUCCCUUUGAGUCAGAUGCCAUCAUCUCAGGACAGACAAAAUGGACACGGACUUACUGGCAAGGGACUGGGGGUGCUCCUGUGGUGAAGGGACAGUGUCUUAGCAGCGCCUUCCCUGCCUGCCACGCUGAGAAGCCAUGUCGGUCACAGGAGUCAGCUUGUUACUUGCUUGUGACACCCUUGCCACAGAGAUGGUGCCAGCAACUUCGAUUAAUCCUAGAAAAUGAAAUCCCACAGCUGAUGACAACACUUAAAUUCCCCAGAGCUUUCCAGAUCAGCUCAUGUUGCUUUUAUGAUUCCAAAAAAAAAGAAAGAAAGAGAGAGAGAGAGAGAGAGAAAGAAAGAAAUAGAGGAAAGAAAGAAAGAAAGAAAGAAAAAACAGGGUCAUUCCAUCCAUGAAUAUUUAUUGAGAGGAUUUUAUUUGCAUACUGAAUGGCUCUUGGGGGAGCAAGUGAUUAAAAAUGAAAUCUAAUAUUCUAGUAUUGGGGCAUUUGUUCCCACCAGCAGCAAUGAACACAAAGGGCCUGGAAUUCAGUAGGCACUGCCCAUUUUCUACAAAAUCACGGGUACUUGAGGGCUUGCAAAUGUAUAUAUUUGUCCAUCACCUAUAAACAACAUUCAUUUCCACUGUGAAAGAAAUUAAACACUGUGGGAAUUCUGGGACUGGUCUAAGCAUCUCCAAAUCCCGGAGUCAUGAACAGAUUUAUCUUGUUGAUGACUUCUCACGUGACUUGGGUAAUCAUCAUGUUGAAUAUAAUGACGAUUGACGUUAUUAUUUUGCCCUUUUAAAAAGCUACAUAAGUACAAAGUGGCACCCUCCCUGCUCCCCUCCCUUGAAACCACCACUGUCAUCAGUUUCUCAUGUAUCCUUUCAGGGAUAUCUUACACUUACACAAGGAAAUAUGUACAUUCUUCUUAUUUCCUUUUUUUUUUUUUUUUUUUUAACAGAAGAGGUUUGACAUCCCAGAGUCAUUGUUAUUUUUCACUUAAUUUCUUUUGGAGAUCGUUCCCAAGGAGAACAUAAAGAGCAUGCUUAUUUUUUCACGGCUGCAAUCUAGUCCAUUGCAUGGAUGCAUCAUAACAUUUAAACCACUCUCCCACUGAUGGGCAUUUGUGUUGCUUCCAAUCUUAUGCUGUUAAAUAAUGCUGUAAUAAAAAAAUCUUGUACAGAGAGAAGUUCACUGCUAAACGCUAUUUUUAAAUGGGGGCAGUCUGGGAGUUUAGGCAGAUUGUUUUCUCUUAUGAUCUCCAUUCAUCAUUUGCAUAUUGCCCCAUGUAUUCUAAGAUCCAAGCAUGGAGAAUGCUGCCAUCUUUCGCAAGUGUUCCAGAUAUACUAAUAAAGUAAACACAUUGCCUUCCAGUAGAUGGCAAAAUGUUUCAACAGCACCUUCACUGUGAGAUCAUACUUUACAAGGAAGAAUUUUUUUUAUAUGAAUGUACUUAGUCUUUUAGAUAGCAAUUCUUGAACGUAUACUGUUUAUUAUACAAAGCAAGAGCUUUGAGUUUCCCAAGAAUUGUCCUGGAAAGGAAAUUGAUUUUGAAAUGAGAUUAGCAGUCUCUUAAUUUCACUGAGUUAUCUCAUUAAACGAAACACUUCUGCAACCUUGGAUAUUAAGUAAAUUGAAUUUGAGGCUGGCAUUAUUCUCUAAAUUGAAUUGGACUGUUCGGUCCCUGAGGUAUGAAUGGUAUAGUUUGGAAGUACUGUAAUUCCACAGCUGAAACAGGACCUUUAUUUAUGAAUGCUGAAUCCCUACCCAAUUAAAAUGUCUCAACAUUUCCUGCAUUUUGAUAGAAAAUGAAUAGCAAGUUAUUUUCUUAAGUACAUAAAUAUUUUAAAUAAUAUUAAAACCUAGAAGCUGUUUAAAAUUUCAUUAUCAAAAUGUGUUCAGCUACCUGGAAUAUUUUAAUCUGUUUUCUUAGUCAACAUGAACACUGUAUUUACACUCCAGCUUUCAUAUUACAAUGCAUU